ACAGAUAACCCACAAACCAUUCAUCUCUUUCCGUCAUCCCUCCUCGAAAUAGAAAGACAAACAGUCUUCCUUUCCUGUCAUCCUCUUCCUCCUUACAUCGUUCCCCACCCCCAACUCUCUAUUUCACUACGUUCCAUAGACGUUUCUCUACUGUCAUUGCUGUGCUACAUUCUUGAUCUCGAUUAAGAAAAGAUCUACUAGACAUACAUCCAUCAUGCCGCAGAUUACCGAGAUCUUCUUCGACUGCGACAACACCCUCGUCCUCUCGGAGGAGCUGGCCUUCGAGGCGUGUGCGGAUCUUGCCAAUGAGAUAUUGGAGAAGAAGAAUAUCUCAGACCGUUACACGGGAGAGCAGCUUAUCCAAGAUUUCGUUGGUCAGAACUUUCGGGGAAUGAUGGUCUCCCUCCAGGCCAAGUACAACUUCGAGAUGUCACAAGAGGAACUCGAGGAAUACGUGAAGAAGGAGGAGGACAAAGUCAUUGCCAAGCUGACUGACAAAGCUCAGCCAUGCGUUGGUGUUAACGCUGAGCUCGACAAGCUUCUCGAAUCCAAGAAGUAUGGCCUAGCGGUGGUCUCUUCGUCUGCUUUGCGCCGUGUCCGUGCUUCAAUUACAAAGGUCGGACAAGACAAGUAUUUUGACAAAGAUGCCAUUUUCAGCGCAGCCACCUCUCUUCCCAAGCCAACUUCGAAGCCGGAUCCGGCUAUCUACAUUCAUGCCCUCGAAGUGCGCACGAAGAAGCCCGAAGAAGUGGUCGCUGUCGAGGACAGCAAGUCUGGUGCGCUCAGUGCCAUCCGUGCUGGAAUCCCAGUCAUUGGUUAUGUCGGAAGCUAUCACGGUGACGCUAAGCAGUUGGAAAUGUCACAACUUCUGCAAGAGCUCGGUGCCAAGGUUAUCAUGAAGGAUUGGAGUGAAUUCCAGAAAUGUCUCUCUGAAAUCGAGGCGGCCUGAACCUAUGGCAGGUGGGGCCAUUCUGUACGCCAGUUACGAUUAUGAACACGAAGUCACGAUAGCAAGCGCGCGGGCCGUUCUGGGGUUAAGGUCACUUUCUUCAUUUUACGUUGUGACAUCUCAGACGCUGUUUAGUCUGAUCCUCUGGUCCUUUCCUCGGUCAGAGUAGUUCCCUUAGUCCAUUGUGCAGAAAACAAUCACCUGGGACCGUCGUCUUGACAACCGUGCGACUUAUUGUCUCAUCUGCAUAAUUCGCUUCAUGACCGGGAUAUUUGCAUUAUUACACAAUUCUCUUAUAGAGAGGUAAUCAUGGAUUUAGGUACCUUCUUCGGGCGACUACUGCCUGCACAAACAAAAUAGAACUUAUCUAUCAUCUCU